AUGGAACAAAAGACAGAUACCAGGACUUACAAGCUGAAUCAUGCCAUGAUUCGUGUGAAGGAUCCCAGACGUACUAUCCAGUUUUACGAACUUCUUGGCCUUAGUGUUGUCCAAAAGCUUUCGUUUCCCGAAAAUAAGUUCGAUCUUUACUUCCUUGGUGUUGAUAGCCCGGAUUCGCCUUCUCAUGGGAAGUUCACCUUCGAUCGUCAAGGCUUGAUCGAGCUCACUCAUAACUAUGGCACUGAGAGUGAUGACAAUUAUCGAUCUACCUACCAGACGCUGGCCAAAGCUGGUUACAAAUUCCAGCAGGAUAUCGCCUCUGGGAACGAGCGGGUGAUUGCUCUGGACCCAGACGGCUACUGGAUCCAUAUUAUCGAGCAGGAUUCGCCGAAUGUGAAUGUCUCAUCCGAUGCUGCUGGCCUGUCUAGUGUUAAUCAAUAUGCCUUGAGAAUCACGGACGCAGCUCGAUCCGUUCGCUACUACACAGAGAAUCUCGGAAUGAAGCUGGUCAAAACUCACAACAAUGAGAGCGAAAGCUUAAAGACAUUUCUUUUAGGGUAUCCUUCAACAGGUUCCUUCACCGGAACAGAAGACUUGUCACGCCGUGAAGGAUUACUCACUCUCAUCUGGCAAGGCGGAGAGAACGCGAUUUCACAAGUACAUAAUGGAAAUGAUCAACCUCAAGGAUUUGGUCAUAUCUGUGUCACUGUUGAUAAUAUUGAUGCAGCGUGUGAACGGUUGGAAGGACUGAACGUUGUGUGGAAGAAGAGGUUAACUGACGGAAAAAUGAAGAAUGUCGCGUUUCUUCUUGACCCUGAUAAUUACUGGAUUGAAUUGGUGCAAAACGAAGGCUUUACUGGCAAAGCAAACUUUUAG